AUGCAAAUCAAUCCAAGAAUAUACUCAGAAGCACAAAAAGUAGCCAAACAACCACAGUUCAAAUAUUUAGUGGCAGCAAUGUUGUGUGCUGCCAUGGUGCCUACUGCCUAUAGGAGAGGUGUUACUCUUCCCCACUAUAGCCAGUCAGUGUUAGAAGAAGUUAAUGAAAAUAUAGCUCAUAAACCCAUAGAGAAAGAGAAAAACCCUUCCAUGUGGGGUAUGCUUAAGGACGCCAACAAAUAUGACCUAAAUGAGGAGUAUACAUAUGAGCUGUUCUCAUCCAUAAUGUGA